AUGGCAAGUGGUACUGUAAGGAAAGUCCAGGAAAAGCUCUUCAGAAGCGGCAACUCUCCUCCAGUCAUCGAUGAUUCUGGUACUUCCACUCCACGACCGCCCGUCGUUGAACGCGUCGAGCCACCAACGCCUUUGACGAUUAAUAUACCCAAGCACACGCCUUCAUCGCCCAUCCCACCUCCGAGGAAGCAAGCGGACGCAGAGCCAAAAAAUGGCGAUGAUGCUGACACUCCGAGGCCUUACCGCGAAAGGCUUGCACAAAAGCUUGGUAGGGAUUACAAGGGCGCCGAGAGUUAUCGCCUUGAACAAGACGAUACACGAGAGAAACACUGGAAGCGAUGGGGCCCGUAUCUCUCCGAUAGGCAAUGGGCUACGGUUCGUGAGGACUACUCUGAUAACGGUGAUGCUUGGAGCCAUUUUCCGCACUCUCAUGCGCGAUCUCGCGCGUAUAGAUGGGGAGAGGACGGUAUCGCGGGCAUCUCUGAUAAUCACCAACGUCUCUGCUUUGGGCUGUCAUUGUGGAAUGGAGAGGACCCCAUUCUCAAAGAACGCCUAUAUGGGGUGACGGGACACCAAGGAAAUCACGGCGAGGACGUGAAGGAGCUGUAUUAUUACCUCGAUUCGACGCCCACCCACUCGUACAUGAAGUUUCUGUACAAGUAUCCUCAACGACGCUUCCCAUAUGAGGAGCUGGUGUCUGAAAAUCAGCAGAGGAGCCGUGAAGUUUCAGAGUUUGAGAUUCUGGAUACGGACGCCUUCGAGGAUGAUCGGUACUGGGACGUUUUUGUUGAGUAUGCGAAAGAUGAACAGGAGCCAGACAACGUCUACAUCAGAAUCACAUCUUAUAACAGGGGACCUGAUCCAGCGACCUUGCACGUAAUUCCCCAAUUGUGGUUUCCUAAUACGUGGUCAUGGCCACUAGAAAAACCUCCAAUGCCCACCCUAACUGGUUCAGUGAAAGGCGGCGACAAUAUCAGCUGUAUUGCGGUGCGACAUCCUUCGUUGGGUAAAACCAAUCUGUAUUGCUUGCCAUCGCCUCCUCCUGUCGGUCCCUCCACAGACUUCGAGGUUGACCCCGAAGUCGAUGUGGUUCAACCCGAACUGCUAUUCACCGAAAACAACACCAACUUCAGUCGAUUGUAUGGGGGGUCGAACGAGACCGCCUACGUGAAAGACGCGUUCCACGAUCACAUCAUCCCAUCCCAUCGACCUCCUGCCUCCGAAUCCCAACCCGAGCAUUUCUUCUCACCAAAGAUCCGUUCGCGCACCGCUUCUUCGUUCGGAUCGGAGGAACCUGAUGUUCUAGAGGAAGGACCUUGUACUCCGUUUCCGGCCUCAUCAUCUUUCGUCAAUCCAGAGCAGAUAGGGACCAAGGCAGCUGCUCACUAUGUGUUUCGGGACGUACCAGGGCACGGUGGCUGCGCUGUUGUUCGUCUUAAGCUCACGCCCACGCGAUUGGGCAAGGAUAUCGCUCUCGAGGACGAAGGAGUAUUUGAUGACGCCGUGGAGGAUCGGAGACAAGAAGCUGAUGAAUUCUAUAAUGCACUGGUGUUGGGACCCAUGAGCGAUGAUUUGAAGCAAAUCAUGAGACAGGCACUCGGAGGGAUGUUGUGGACGAAGCAGUACUAUCGCUUUAUCCAGAAGGAAUGGAUUGAGGGCGAUCCAGCCCAGCCACCUCCUCCCCCGAAUAGGAAGUUCAUUCGAAACAAGGAAUGGCGCCAUAUGCACAUAGAGGAUGUGUUGUCGAUGCCUGACAAGUGGGAGUAUCCUUUCUUUGCAGCAUGGGAUACUGCAUUCCACUGCAUUCCCCUCGCGGUGGUCGAUCCAGCGUUUGCGAAGAAGCAACUAGACCUGCUAACUCGGGAAUGGUAUAUGAAGCCGGAUGGGCAGAUCCCAGCAUAUGAGUGGAAUUUUAGUGAUGUGAACCCUCCUGUGCAUGCUUGGGCGACAUUCAGGAUCUUCAAGAUCGAGCGUAAGCUUCACGGGAGGGAAGAUCUCAAGUUCCUCGAGCGUGUUUUCCAGAAAUUGUUACUAAACUUCACAUGGUGGGUCAACCGGAAAGAUCAGGGAGGCAAUAACGUCUUCGAAGGAGGUUUCCUCGGUCUCGAUAAUAUUGGCGCAUUCAAUCGCUCAGAACCCUUACCCACUGGGGGGACUCUUCGUCAAGCUGAUGGAACUGCGUGGAUGGCGUUUUAUUGUUUGAAUAUGCUGAGCAUUGCACUUGAACUUGCUAAGCAUAACCCAGUGUAUGAGGACAUUGCUUCCAAGUUCUUCGAGCACUUCAUCUUCAUCGCGGACGCAAUGACGUACCACUCAGGCGAUUCCGAGGCUAGCCUGUGGAAUGAGAAAGACGGCAUGUAUUAUGAUGCCAUUGAAUUCGCCCCAGGGAAUUCGAUGCAGCUGCCCAUUCGCAGCCUCGUUGGGUUGAUUCCGCUGUAUGGCGUGCUCGUCUUGGAGCCAUCUGUGCUCAAUAGGUUCCCUGGUUUCAAGAAACGAAUGGAGUGGUUCAUUGAUAAUCGCCCUGCGGUAUCUGCCCGGAAUAUGGCUAACAUGAAAGCUGGAGGCAAAGAUCAGAGGAGACUUUUGGCUCUGGCUGAUAAGGACAGGCUUGUGAAGAUUUUGGAAAAGAUGCUCGAUGAAAACGAGUUCUUGAGUGAGCACGGAAUUCGGUCGCUUUCUAAGCUGCAUCAAGAGCACCCGUGGGGUAUUGAUGUACAUGGCCAGCGUUAUGAGGUCGGGUAUUGGCCUGGGGAUUCGAAAUCCGGGAUGUUUGGUGGGAAUUCCAAUUGGAGAGGACCGAUUUGGCUCGCUACUAACUUUCUCCUCAUUGAGAGUUUGCAACGCUUCUAUCAGUAUUAUGGUGAUGACCUUCAGGUCGAGUGCCCGACGGGAAGCGGCGAGUACAUGAACCUAGUCGCAGUCGCUGAGGAAAUUCAGCACCGAAUUAUCCACAUCUUUGGGCGAGAUAUGAAAGGAAGGAGAGCGACCAACGGUGGAAGUGCAAAACUUGACUUUGAUCCCCAUUUCCGUGAUUACGUGUGGUUUUAUGAAUUCUUCCAUGCGGACACUGGCAAAGGAUUAGGUGCAUCGCAUCAGACUGGCUGGUCUGGUCUCGUCGCGUACCAUAUCCUGCAGAGUGGCGCUAGCUGUCGUUUGCCCAAGACACCGCGGACACCGAGGAGUGUUCUACACCAUUACUUUGAUGAAACUCUUUCGCGGGCUGGGUCUGAAUUUGGCGGCGACGACUCAAAGUCGGCCUAUAGCGCCUUCGACGUGCAUACACUUGGAGAUAUAUCUCCUGACGCGUUGUGAGAUUAGAUUAUCGGGGGGGAAGAUGUAUACCUUGGAGAUUGAAAGAAACUGUAGCGAGAAAAUUUGAAAACUGUAGCCGUAGUUACACACUCAUAGACUUAGUUAGAUCCCAACUUGCCAGACCUCAAAUGACAGAAUUUUCAGUUUUUGACUCGC